AUGACGGCCUCACCGUUCUCAGCAUCGCCAACCCUAGCACUCCGACAGUGUUGGGUGCUGGACAACCCCAGAGGUGUGCAAGUUGCUGGAGACAUUGCCUUCGUGGCUUGCAGCAGCUACGACGGUCUCACUGCGGUGAACGUUUCCGACCCGAGCCGCCUCAACGUGGUAGGCACCAUCUCCGAUAGCACUCUUCUCAAUGCAGCCGACCAUGUGGCGCUGGCUGGAGACUACGCCUACGUGACCGCCUACCUCGGCGACGCCCUAGUGGUGAUCAGCAUUGCCGACCCAAGCAACCUCACCAUGGUAGCUAGCAUCUCCAACAGCAAUUUCGACGGAGCGACGGGUGUGAAGGUGGUCGGGGACCUCGCCUUCGUGACAGCCUAUUCCGGUGACGCUCUGACGGUGGUCAACAUCUCCGACCCGACCAACCCUACAGUGACCGGGACUGUCCAGGACGGCACGGUCCUCAAUGGAGGCGAAGGUCUCGACGUGGUGGGGAACUAUGCAUAUGUGGCAAUCGCCCAAGGUAGCUAUUUUGCGGUGGUCGACAUUUCCGAUCUGAGCAAUCCUGCGGUCGUGGCCGGCCUCAGUGACUCGAGCAACAGUCCAAAUCGCUUGAAUCGGGCCAGAGAGGUUCAGGUCGUCGGGGGCUUUGCCUUCGUGACCGCCUCAACCUUUGACGGCCUGACGGUGGUCAACAUCUCAGACCCAACCUCCCCCGUAAUAGUGGCCAGCAUCAGCGGCGAGCACCUCGAUGGAGCGCAUGGCAUUUCCAUCGUGGGGAACCUUGCCUAUGUGUCCGCAUAUACCGCUGAUGCCUUGACGGUGGUCGACAUCUCCGACCCACUCAACCUCACCAUCGAAGCCUUUGCUCACGAGACCAAGGAGCUCGAGGCUGUGCAAAACUUCGUGGUUGCUGGGAGCUAUGCUUUCGCGACGGGAGAGGACUCCUUGACUGCCCUCAACCUUGCCGACCCAAGUAACCCCACGAUUCUGGGCGUCGUCACAGACAGCAGCCUGCUCAACGGUGCAUUCGACAUUGCCGUGGCGGGGGGCCACGCCUUCGUGGCUUGCAGCGAUUAUGACGGUGUUGUGGCGGUCAACAUUACCGACGCAACCAGCCUCGCCAUUGUAGGCUCGAUCACGGACACCAGGCUUAACGGAGCGAAGUCUCUAAAGAUCGUCGGGGACCUUGCCUACGUGGCAGCGCGGUCCGAUGACGCUCUGACGGUGGUCAACAUCUCAGACCCGAGCAACCUCACCAUCGCAGGUUACCUCAAAGACGGCUUGCUUGAUGGUGCUUAUGGCAUUGACAUUCUUGGAGAGUAUGCCUUCGUAACCGCCUCCUACGAGGAUCUUCUUGUCGCGGUGAACAUUGCCGACCCAAGCAACCUUUCUAUCGCAGGUCAUGUCGGGGACUCGGUAAUGGAUGGACCCAGAGGAGUUGCUGUCGCGGGCGACUUUGCCUACGUGGUCAGCUACAACGCGGACAGUGUGGUUGUGGUCAACAUUGCGAACCCACACAACCUUACCGUCGAGAGUUCCGUGUACGACGGCGACCUACUAAACGGAGCCGAGUCAGUUGCGAUCCGCGAGGGCUUCGCCUACGUGACCUCCCACCUUGGCGACGCUUUGACGGUGAUCAACAUCGCCAAUGCAAACAACAUCACCAUUGCAGGUUCCAUCCAGGACAUGGCGCAGCUUGACGGUCCUUACGGCGUGCAGAUCGCUGGGGACCAUCUUUUUAUGAGUAACAAGAUCGCUGACAGCUUCGUGGUUUACGAGCUGACUGCUCGCGAGAUAGCUGAGGUGGGGCAGCUGUUUUUCCGUCAAAAAGUCAGUGAGUUGUUGAUGGGAAAAGCAGUGCAAGAAGAGAUGGGCUUUACCAGCAAAGAUUCGAAGAAGGAGCACCCUUUGGUAGGCUUGGCAGUAGAGCUGUUGAGUGUGGUGAUCCAGCCAGAGGAGGUUUUGAGUGAACGAUUAAGUCCUUCUACGGUGAGACGCUUGACGGAACGCUUGGAUGAGCAUGGUGUGGUUGUGAUCAGAGACCUCCACCGACCGAUGGAAUGUCGCCUGGCGGCCGAGUUUGUUCACGCAGAGAUCUUAUCACCUUGGGCAACCUUCAGCAACAUACGUGACAACAAGUACCGCAAGGAUUAUGCGCUUCCGAUGAGGGGACCUGCCUUGGAGUUGUUGAACAAAACCUUGGGACUGUUGGAUCCCCUGUUUACAGCGACUUUAGGCCCGAACUCAAGCUUGGUGGAGUUCUCAUCCUUGACAACUUAUUCCGGUGCAGGCCCCCAGAUAUUUCAUUCGGAUUCUUCUGCCACCUCAAUAGAUGAGCUGCGCUCCUUGGGUCGUAUGUUUUCUGCCUUCAUUUACCUUGAUGAUGUCCGACCCGAUUCGGCGCCACUAGAUGUCGUGCCAGGCACGCACACACACUAUCAGUUCUUGGACGAUGAAGAAAAGGAUUUGAUGACCAGCGUGCCCUUCGCGCGUUUAGCUGUACCACAGGGAACUGUUGUGAUUUACGAUUCGCGUACCUUGCACCGUGGAGCGGCAAACACAUCUCCAUUGGCGCGGCCAACGAUUUACUUCUCUCUCGCUGAGCGGGGCAAGUUUAUUCCCAUCGGCCCUGCGUACUCGCUUCGCGAGGGAUAUCGACGCUUCCCAAUUUCGAUUCACAAUGUCAGGACGAACGCUAUACCCGCGGAAGUAUUGGCAGAGGGGGUGGCUGUCCACAGUGAUGAGAAGUGCAAGGAUCAGCUGCAUGAUCUAUGUCCGGCCGACAGCUUUCAGGGAGAUCCGGAUCGGCGAUUCGAUUGUGCAUGGUAUUAUUUUACUGGCGAGGAGGAGUCGCGUGACGCCCGACACCUCAGCAAGUCACAGCCCCUCGAGUUUACAGACCGACCUGGCGUGAAGGAGCGUUACGAGGACAGUGACGAGGAUGAGCUCGCAGCUGACAGGGAAAAGCUCCGAGAUCAGGAGGGGAACUUUGAUUACGAGGCCGCCCUGGCUAUGACGCUGCGAAGGGGCGGCGCCUAUCGCUCCUACCCACUGGACCGGCGACUCAUGAACUGUGGGGUGGCGAGCCGCAUGGAGAUGAUCCUCGGGAGGGGCAUCUUUGCUGAAGGCUUCGUUGCCAAUGUCAGCUGGGGAGCACUUCGCCCUCCGCCCUCAAGGACGCUGCAGGCAGCCUAA